GGAGAGUCAGUUGGCUGGGCUGAGCCCGGGCAGAGAUGUUCAAAGAGUACGGAGCAGGCAGGCUACCCGCUCCAGGCGCUCCUCGGCCGCGUUUGCAGAGCCCCGCGCCCACCUUUCGCCCACCUUCUCAGCAGAAGUACCCAUCUGAUCCGGGGGCAGGACCUAGUAGCAGCAGUGGCUUGGUCCCCAGUCUCAACACUGUCACCACCAGCCACGAUCUCCAGUGGAUGGUCCAGCCCACACUAAUGGGUGCCUCUCCGGGAAUCCCCCCAUAUCCACGGCCCUACCGCUGUCCACACGACUUGGCCAAUUUGAGUAGAAUUCGACCUGGCGUGAUCCGCACUACAUACCCUGUCUUAACAUCCCGGAGGCGUCAUUCAGAUCAUCCUACGCCAGAAGAGGAGGAGCGCCGCCGAUUGCGGCGAGAGAGGAACAAAUUGGCAGCUGCAAAAUGCCGGAACCGUCGGAAAGAGCUGACAGACUCCUUGCAAGUGGAAACAGACCAACUGGAGUCGGAGCAGUCCACCCUGCAGAAGGAGAUAGCAGAGCUACAGAAGCAGAAGGACCGCCUGGAGCUGGUCCUAGCAGCCCAUCGCCCUGCCUGCAAAAUCCCAGAUGACUCCUCGGGUGAUGAUGAAGAGGAAAGAAGUGAGAGGCCCGCCACCUCUGCCCCCCUUCCAGACAAGCCAGAGUCUCCGCCAGGCCCCAGUGCCCCCCGACGAGCAGCUCCGGUGCCCCCCUGCAUCACUUUGCCCCCUACGGGUAUCCUGGAACCAGAAGCACUGCAUACUCCCACCCUGAUGGCCACACCUUCUCUUACCCCCUUCACCCCCAGCCUAAUCUUCACCUACCCUGCACCAGGGGACCCUGAGGAGCCCUCUAGUUCUGGCUUCCCUCAUGAGCCCUGUUCAUCUGCCCAUCGACGCAGUAGCAGCGGGGACCACUCCUCUGACUCGCUCAAUUCCCCAAACUUGCUGGCACUCUAAGGAACUAGGCCGUCUCUCUCCCUCCUGGGGUGGUCUGCCGCUCCUCUUCUGCUCUGGAUUGUUUUUGCUAUGUUCCAGAGUUCCUCUAGCUGCCUGCACCUCACCAGGGAGUUUUGCUUUCCCACUCUGAGGACUUGACAGGCUUCUUGCUCCUGUUUCUGCAUCAAGGUACUGGUCAAGUUGCCAGUCCUCAGGAAGGUUCAGGCAAUGGCUUACGGUGAAGAGGAAAAAAGCAUUCCUUCCAGAACAGUAGAACUAUGGCCAUCAUUCAUUCACUUUUUGAUACAUAUUUUUCACUCCAUGUCUUUUGCCUUCUGGAACCACCAUCACCCCCACCUCAUGUUCAGAGGAGAUCCCGAGAUCAUUCCCUUCCCCACCAGUCUGUUUCUUCCACAUCUGACUCCGUUUCACAGCCAGAAUUGCCUGCAGCCUCCUGGAUGAGGUGGGGUAUCUGUUACAUGUCAAGAACUUCUCCUCAAGCGCAGAGAGUGGCUCAAUGCAGAGAAAUAUUUUUUUAUUGUACACUUGUAUUUGCCCCCUCCCCAACUUAUUUCUUGUGGAAAUAAUUAUAUGACGAAUUAUUGCCCAAGAGUCCUUAUGUGUCGUGUAUCCUCUGUGGAUGUGAGAGGCUGUGGCGGCCAUUUUGGCUGGGCUGCGGAUCUUUGUCGACAAAGCUUGUCAAGAAAUAGGUUAAUAAAAAUAGCACACAGAAGAUAAACUUUGUUCUAAAAAAUAAUGCUGUAAGGUCUGAAACAGUUGCAGAAGAGCUGUUAAUUGUAUGUGGGGGGGACACGGAAAGGUUAGAAGGGGGAUCCUCUUGUGAAUUUGAAAACCAUGUUGGUUGCUCUAAUGAGGGGACACAGCUUGAUCACUCACACAGGCUCAUUCCGCACAUGCAGAAUAAUGCCCUUUCAAACUGCUUUCAGUGCUCUUUGAAGCUGUGCGGGAUAGCAAAAUCCACUUGCAAACAGUUGUGAAAGAGGUUUGAAAAUGCAUUAUUUUGUGUGUGCGGAAGGGGCCACAGUUAACAUUAGCGACAUGGAUUUUACGGAAUCAGAAUUCCUUCAUAGUUAUAUAAAUUGAAAAUCUUGGGUUUCCUUAAAGAAAAGGUAAAUAUGUAGUCUUUAUGCACUAAAAAGAACUAAAAAGGGGACAAAAUGGGAAUACUGGGUCAGUGGGUAGGAAAGAAGUUCAGAAACAAAGCAGGGGGAUUUCCUCGAACACUGUCCAGUGUUACAGUUGGUACAGAAUGCUGUAGCCAAAAUGUUUACUGGAGCGAGUCGACGGCACAAUAUCAUUCCAGUUUUGUGUCAUCUACACCAUGGUGUAGUGGUAAAGAGUAGUGGACUCUAAUCUGAAGAACUGGGUUUGAUUCCCCACUCCUCCACAU